AUGCCGUCCAAACAGACAUCGAUCCCAACCUCGCACAGGCCUAUGCAAGGACAAAAGUUGGUCUUCCGGGUCCCAAACUACAAACAGAAAACACUCCCAGAGGGUGGGCCCGAGGAAACCUCCGGUCAAGUCUAUCAUGCCCGCAGGUCCCAUCGGAAAUCCCGCGCUGGAUGUGUGAACUGCAAACAACGCCGAGUCAAGUGUGAUGAAGCCAAGCCUCAUUGUAUCCGGUGCCAGAAACACGGCGUUGGAUGUGAAUACACGGGAAAGCCAAUCCAACAUUCAAAAACGAACAACAACAUCGUGUCUGAGUUUAUUAAAACAAAUCCCGAGCUAAUAUCGAUUGAAUCUUUGGCAUCAUCGGUUUCUCUCAUGAUGGUUUCUGACAAACUCAGCGAAUUGCUACGCCCACCCGGUUCGGGCAAGCUGCUUCCAAAGGAGCUCACUGAUGCGUCAGCGGUGCAUCGUACAAUGCAGGCCUUGAAUCAUUUCCAUAGAGGCCCAGCCUUCUCAGAUGAAAGUCCAGACCCCGUCCGGGUGGUGAUGGGGAAAAUGGUCGGACUUGCCUUCGAAACCCCCUUCCUCAUGCAUUCUAUAAUAGGAGCAGCAACGACACACCUCUGCACUCUGCUCCCAGACAACAAAGAGUACCGGAUCGCAGAAGCAUACCACUGGCAACAGACAAUAAACCAAUACUCGAUGGCUGUCUCAAUGCCCGUAACACGUCAGAACAUGGACAAGCUUUACUCUGCCUGCAUGAUGAUAAGCAUGCACUCUUUUCUUCAAGAGAAAUUCAGCCCACGCACCUCCUUCGUCUUCUCUGCAGACCCAGCAGCCCUGAACUGGCUCCGGUUACAGGGUGGCCUACGCUAUCUCCUACAGCAAGCAUCGCAAUGGCUUCCAGAAAGCAUGUGGUGGACUGUAUUCAUGAAGUCACGGGAUCCGAAUAUCGAUUUCGAGGAUAAGCGAUCUGGUCGUGUUGGUCUUGAUCCGGACUUGGCGGAUCUUUGCGGCAUCACAGAGGAUACAACUGUUGAGUCGAGUCCUUUGUUGUGGCCGUUGCGUAUGUUGACGGGUCUAUUACCGCUUGAGCGCGGAACGGUCAGUUUUCAGAAAUAUAAUACUUGGAUGGGGAGGAUUGAGAAUCCAUUCUUUGAAUGUUUGUGCAGGAAGGAUACUGCUGCAUUGGUUUUGUUGGCUUGGUGGCUUGGACUGAUGUGCUAUGUUGAGGAAUGGUGGGUUGAGAUGAGGGUUCGCUCGGAGUGUACUGCAAUUUGCAUGGCAUUAGAGGAUAGCUCUGAUCCCCUUGUCUUGAAGAUGUUGGAGUUUCCGGCUUCAUGUUGUGGGUAUCUGCUGCGACAUGAGCAGGAACGGGCAGAGGUUUUGGAACUGGGUUGA